CUCUUCUUCCCCCUCGCUCUCCCUCUCUUUUUUUAGUAUUAGGUUCCCCCUCGUUUCCUCUUCUGCUCUGUCGCAGUUUCAGCUGUGUCUCUGGCUCUUUCUCUCCCCUGCUGUCGCUCCCGUAGGUGGCAGGAUCGCCGGGUAGGAGGUGGUGUGUGUGUGUGUGGGGGGGGGGGAGCCUUGGCAGCUUUCUCCCUACAGGCUGCUUCCUCCCCCUUUUGCCCGUCUGUCCGGGCAUGGAUGCCAUCCGCUGGCAGGGUCUGUGUGCCGUUUGAUCGCGUGAGGGUGUUAGCUGUGCUGCUGCACUGUCACAGGUCUCCAGGAGCCAGAGGUUUGCCAUUUCUGCAAAGAUUCUCCCCACUUUUUGGUUCGUUGAAGCGGGCGUUUGCUUCACUCUCCGCCAUUGGCCUCCCUGAGAAUCGGAGUCGACAGCGAGUUUCUCUGUUGCGCCUAUUCUUGGUGGUAUGUCCUCAUGGUCUGUUGUGUUUGGGUACCCUGACAACUAAGAGCAGUGAGACCUCCAGUGACAUGAUGCCUAAGAGGGAUCAUGAGAAGGACCUGGAGCUGGACAAGAAGAUUGAGGCUCUCCGCAGGAAGAAUGAAGCUCUCAUGAAGAGGUACAAGGAGGUAGAGGAGGACAGGAAAAGAGCAGAAGAGGAAGGAAUGGCACUGCAGAGCCGGAAGGGCAAAGCCGACGAUCUUACCAUCACAAUCAGCAAGUCCGCUAGUGAUAGUCGUGUGGUGGUGACAAAGCCAUUCAGUGGCGGUUCACCAGCUGGGAAGGGACAGCAGGAAGCCGGACCUGACAGAGGGGGAGAGGCUCCUCCACAGACUGCUGGCCGAGGACACAGGAAGCAACUAACGGUCACCAUGGCUGGCAAAAAGGGUAAGAGGGUGGUGAGUGAGAGGCCUGAGAGAAGGCCGGGCCCUGUGGACGUCAAGAGCCCCGCCGAUGAUGGACAGGCGAGGCGUGUGGAGUCAGCGGGGAGGGCGAAGCAGCCAUCUCACAUGACCAAGAGAGACUCAGCACCACAGGAUGAGGUCAAACAGGGGCAGAAGCACACUGAGGAGCAUCACGGGGUGUCAGAGCAAUGCCAGGAUAUCGAGAACCUGCAGGCCAUCACAGACCUCAACGUCCCCACAUCGAGAGAGGAGCAGGAGGAAUAUUUAAGGUGGAAGAAGGAGCGUGAGCAGAUUGACAGGGAGAGGGUGGCACGCCAUAAAAAUGCCAAGGGCCAGUGGAGACGAGCGUGGGACAUGGAUAAAACUGACAAUAUGUUUUCAGACAAAUCCCUCUCUGACAGAGACUGGGGGCCUUCCAGCAGAGGAGGAAGAAAUGCUAGAAGAGGACCCAGGGCAGGCAGCGAUUCAAAAGCUCAUGACAAGCGAGGCAAAGACAAGGGAGCUAAAAACGUGCAAGUGAUGAGCAGUAAAGCAAAAGGCAAAGAUCGCCUGACUGGGCGGGCCAGAAGAUGGCAGGCAAAUGAUGAUGGAGAGAACCUGCAGAUGCCUGAGACGACGCUGGAGGAAUUCCUUGAGGAACUUGAUGCCCUCACAGACGCUAAUGCAGACGAGCUGAAAGAUCAGGACGCAAAAACAAAGCAGUCACCGAGCCCGGAUUCACUGAGCACGCCCGAGGAAGCGAGUGAAUCAGCAGCCUCUGUGUCGGCUGUUAUCCUUAGAGAGGACACCCCGACUCAGGAGAAGGCAGAGGCUUCGUCCUCUCGGGGUUUGGAGAAGAAAGUGCGCUUCUCUGAGGAACUCAUCCAGGGGGCUCAUGCAAGGCAAACCACGGGGUCUCAAGAGUCAGAAUCCAGAGGUCCCAGCUCUUUGAAAGCUUCCUCACCUAAAAAGAACAAGCAUGAAAUGCAGAGGCCACGUCAGCCUCUUGAAAGUGCCAAGCAGGAUGAUGGGAGUCUUCAGGAUAAAGGAGGUGGGCCAGCUGCACCUUCUUUUGCACAGCAGCAGGGAUCUGAAAAUGAUUGCACUAAAAAGGACAGCAGCCCACCCACAGCUCCCAGCUCCCCCCCUGCUGAAAAAGCCUGCACCCCUCUACAUGAGAUCCAGCCUGUGGAACUUCCUAAGUGCAACAUCAGCAACACAAACACGGAAGAGCUGAUAGACUCUGGUCUGUCUGUUCUGAGCCUGGAGUCUGGAGAAACACACCCAACACACUCCACCAGCAGUGACAAGGCACGAGAACAUGGGAAAAUUGUUUAACUGACGUUUUCUGGAUAUAAACACUGAAACCAAAACACAGCAUUUGGAUGCAUUAUUUUUGCUUCAAAGUAGCUCGUUUGCAAUACUGUUUAUAGCUUACAGGCAAAACUGUGGGAGCUGAAUUUUUGUCUCAAAUGUGACACAUGAAUGGUGAGACACCUUUUUCCCGCUCGAUUAUUAUUAGUGUUUUUUUUAUUUUUUUUAACAUCAGAGCACUUUAUGUGUACAAAAACAUGUGUACUGACAUCUCUUUCUGUAUGGAAGUACGCUGCUUGAGUGCAAUAUCACUGAAUGUUUACACAUUUGUAUGAAAAUGUUGAGGUACAUAUCAGGAGGCUAGCUAAUCGGUUAAAUUUAGAUAGCCCUUGACAUUAAACCAAGCCACAGUCUAAUUACUUAGUGCCUGAUUCUGCCUUAGAGGUAUAUUUUUUUAAUUUAUUUAGCAGGGACGAUGCACAAUAAAUAUAUUGUACCGGAUAUAGCUAAAAGCUACUUUUCAGCUGUAGUCCCUGAGUAACUUUUCAGUAACUGAAUAAAGAUUGUAAUAGAUGACGAUACAUAGUUGCAGACCUCCAGUAGAGUUUUUAUUUCUACAUUUAAAAGUAGUAGACAAAUGGAUAUUAUUAACUGCUUCCAGCAUCCAUAAAUAGCCUUUGGGAAGUAUGAAAUCAGUAUAUUGUUAAAACGCACAUUUGAACCCUAAUGUCUUUGGCCAGUGACCAAGACAGUCCAAAGUUUACAAAAUGUUACUACUGACAUGCUGUAAAUGUUUCUGCUAUUAAGAGCAUUGAAAGGAGCGCGCCACUGAUUUUUGAUAUCAAGACAGGAGCCCGAUGAUGUCAUACUCUGGUUAAGAUUAUCUGAAUUUGGGGAUGACAGCUUUGCAGUCAUGAAACCUCACACCUCUGCCCAUAAGUGGCAGAAAUCUACUUGAUUUAAAUUUGGCCUUUUUACUUAUCAAGGUCGUCUCCUUGUGCAGCUCUGAGCCACAUCCCCUGCGCCUGCUGUUUUUACAUUGCUUUGUGGUCCGACUACUUUUCACCGGGGAAAAUAGAGGAAGUAUACAUUUGUGUCACAGUGUGGGGGGAUCAGCACUGGGGAACUGGAUCUAUGUCCCAGAGGGCAAAGGGCAGCCUGAAAAAGGAAAAUUUACCCUGUCAGAGCCUUAAGGCAGGACAUCCAGAACAUGCUCGUUUCUUCUUUCUUUCACAGUCAUGAGCGUUGUGCACCAUGAAUAUGUCCCCCACACUCAGACGAUCGGCACAGAGGUCUACUGUAACAUCCCGAGGCGUCAGAAGUAAAACAUUCAGUCCAAACCACUGGGACUUGGAUCAGAUGGCGCCCUGAAAAUGCCUUUCUUUUUCUAAAAGCCUUAACUCAAUUAAAAAAGAAAAACGAAAAGAAAAAAAGCAGCCAUGCUGGAGUAGCUUGCAGCGCUGCCCAAGGAGGCCAUCUAGAAGAGCCAAUUUCCUCAUUCUGUUUAAUGCAGAACUAGGUUUAGAAAGAAAUAAAUGCGAUCCAGUUGUAAGAUGACAUAACUCACUAGUGUACUCCUUUAUUGUUAAAAUAAAAAGCCAGCUGACGGUAAAGCAUAACACAUUUGGAUGUUUAAAUAUUGAUUUAUAACACUGCAGAGUAGAAACCUUGCACACUAUUGUUGUGUUCCCUAAAGCACAGUUUUACAGCUGAAUCCCGAAGAUCCGGUCUUCCUCACUCUUCUUAUGUUAUGUUUUGGCACUUAAUUUAGGAUUGUAAUGUACUAUGUUAGCUGAUUCUAAACAAACAGUGUACAAAUUCUGGUCUUUGGGCCCCUGUGAGUGGGGGGGAAAAAAUAUAAUUCAAGCAUUUUUUGAGUUGGGUGAAUUGAGAAUGCCGGGAUUCAGCUAAAAUUCCCUUUUGUAUUAUUUGUCCUGUAUUAUGUUUGUGAAAGAGAGCCUAAUAUCUUUCAAGCUUCCCUUGAUUAAUAUCUUAGCCAGUUGUUGUGCCUUGCAUAUUGGCUUCUUCAGCUAUUGAAGGUGUACUUAAAUUUAUGGUUUGUAUAUUAACUGCCUCAUUUAUUUUAUUUAUUUGCCUAUCCAUUUCGGACAGGAGAAUGUUACCAAGUAAAUCUCAAGCUGUGUUUCUCUGAGUCGUAUUUUUUUUCUCCUUUUUAAAAUUUAUUGCCAGCCUUUGAUGCUAUUUUGGUAAGAAGCGACAGUUAUAUUAAGAAGUUUUUGGCUUUCGUCAAUGCCACCGUGUAGUAAAUAGUUAUGUAACUGUAAGUGGAAAACACAGCAGACAUGCUCUGAGCUGCGGUCUUGUCUGUGUCUACGGAGGUUACAUAAAAUCAAAAAAGCAAGAAGCGAGCCACAACGUUUGAAGCCAGUCCAUCCGUUAAGAAAGAAGGGGCCUUAUUCUGUAUUAUAUGUGGAUAGCAAUCUAUCAGUAGAAGGAAACAUCUGUGUGAAAAACAGGUCACUGUUUCCCUUUGAAGUAUUUUUAAAAUCUCCCUGUGAGAUUUCAUGUAGUGGAAGAAACACAAUCAUAGAGCAUUUUAUAUUUAAGUGUUUAGUCCUUGUUCAUUCACUUUGUUUAACAUCUGCACUGUCACCUUCCUUAAAUGUCAAGUUUCUGAGGUGAGAUGAGUUGGUUGGCGGGGAGUAUGCAAGUACCCCCCACGUGUGUUCUCGCACUGUUGUAAUUAGAUGUGCCUGUGUAUGCGUGUGUGCUGCAUUUCAAGGUGUGAUCCCAGCCUUUUUUGCUGCUCAGAGUACUCGCUCUAAUUUGAGUCCAUGUGCAACAUGUCUUCAUUUGCUGAACCGCUCGGAACGAAGCAUACGCCACAUGAAUAAAUUUUCUGUGUUUCAAAGGCUC